CAGCAGUAGUGCCAGCCGUAUCCUGUAGCUACAAGCAGCUCCGCUGUGUUACUUGAGGACUGCUGGUUUUAAAGUCAUCAGAUCAUCAGCAUGAAAAUGGGUUUUAUAUAAAAUAGACUUUAGGGUGGCCUUCCCACAUGCAGGUACCCUGGCCUGAGACCAGAUGGAUCACAAUUCCACGUGCUACUAAUUCCACUGUGAUGUAUCCGGCUUUCUGGUUGUGCAGAAGAACACAAAGACUGAAGAAGUCCUGAAGAUUGAUGGAGGGCCAUGCUAUUCAAACAGCAGGCGUUGCUGAGACAGAAGCUCUUUGUUCUAGGCAGUCUUGCUGUUGGAAGCCUCCUGUAUCUAGUUGCCAGAGUUGGGAGCUUGGAUAGGCUGCCACCAAUAUGUCCAGUUGAAGGGAGAUUUGGAUCUCAUAGCCAGGAUGCAAUCACUCUCAGAGCUAUGCAGUUUAAGAGAGGACUCCUCCAUGAAUUUCGGAAAGGCAAUGCAACUAAAGAGCAAAUCCGACUUCACAAUUUGGUUCAGCAGCUACCAAAGGCCAUUAUUAUUGGGGUGAGAAAAGGAGGAACCAGAGCACUACUGGAAAUGUUGAAUUUACAUCCUGCUGUGGUCAAGGCAUCCCAAGAAAUUCAUUUUUUUGAUAAUGAUGAAAACUACGCAAAAGGCAUUGAGUGGUACAGGAAAAAAAUGCCCUUUUCCCAUCCACACCAAACCACAAUAGAGAAGAGCCCAGCAUACUUCAUUACAGAUGAAGUCCCUGAAAGGAUUUACAAAAUGAACUCUUCCAUAAAGCUGCUCAUCAUUGUUAGAGAACCAACAACCAGAGCUAUUUCUGACUACACACAGGUGCUGGAGGGAAAGGAAAGGAAAAAUAAAACCUACUAUAAAUUUGAGAAAAUGGCCAUGGAUUCUAACACCUGUGAGGUAAACACCAAGUACAAGGCCGUGAGGACCAGUAUCUACACCAAACAUUUAGAAAGAUGGUUGAAAUAUUUUCCCAUUGAACAGUUCCACAUUGUAGAUGGGGAUCGACUUAUCACUGAACCAUUGCCAGAGCUUCAAUUGGUGGAAAAGUUUCUCAACCUUCCACCUAGGAUAAGUCAAUACAACCUGUACUUUAAUUCUACAAGAGGGUUCUACUGCUUGCGAUUUAACAUUGUCUUUAACAAGUGCCUGGCAGGCAGCAAGGGACGUAUACAUCCAGAAGUCGAUCCCUCGGUCAUUACCAAAUUGCACAAAUUCUUUCAUCCUUUCAAUCAAAAGUUUUACCAGAUCACUGGAAGGACAUUUAAUUGGCCAUAGUUGCUGUUGUCUAUGCAACACCAUGUGUUGCACACUGCUUUCUGUAAUGUCUAUAACGGGACAAUUAUGCACUUUUCCUGGGAUAUCUUUCCUACUGUUAAUGUUAUUUUAUUUAUUGCAUAUAUGGAUUAUAUAUAUAGAGAUAUGUGUGACCAAAUAUAGGAAGGGAUCCAUUUUUAUUUCUUCUGAGAAGUAUCUAGAUCUGUAGAAGAAACAUUAGAAUUGUCUUUCCAACCAUCCUAUUUAACAUGGAUAUUUGAUAAUUUGAUAUUUGAUGGAAAUUAUAAUACCAACUAUCUAGUGUUUGCAUUGGUUUGAUUAUUUCUUUUAUGUUCACAGCAAAGGCAACAUUAAAAAAACAAUAUCAGGUUUCACUGAU